AUGUCGAUCGGUACCUUAGUACGGAACCUUAGUGGCCUGGAGGUAUCCAUGAUCAUGGAUAUACUAUACCUGCCGAGCACGCUCAACUCAACCCAUGUUGGAAAUUCAGCCCGAGCUUCAGCUUUCCGCCAUUCAAGCUCUCUCCUACAGCACCGUCUAAGAGCUCUCGUUGAGAGUCUCGACGAAGCCCACUUUGAAGGAACAGUCGCAAAUGAUGUCGAGUCGCUCCUGAAUAUCCGUUUUGGCCAGGACACCUCUGGUCUCAACCGAUUCGCGCCACCGAAGCCAUUCAAUUAUGCCCCCGGCACCUUGGUGAAUGCCACCCAGGUCGGCGCCGCCUGCCCGCAACCGCAACAAGCGGUUUCCAGCAUGCCCCUGUUUGACAAUGUUACCACCAUGUCGGAGGACUGUCUCACUCUCCGAAUUGACCGACCAGCCAGAACUCUAUCUUCCGCCAAGAUCCCCGUCAUGGUCUGGAUCUAUGGCGGCGGGGACUCAUUCGGGCAGAUCUACGACUCGGUCUACGACCCGACGGGGCUCGUGACCGGCACUGCCCAGAAGGGCUUCCCUAUCAUCUAUGUCGCCGUCAAAUACCGCGUCGGGGUCUUCGGGCUUGCUGCCUCUCCCGCGCUCGCCGCCAGCGACUCACUGAAUGUCGGGCUGUUGGGCCAGCGGCUGGCCCUCGAAUGGGUGCAGAAGCACAUCGCCGGCUUCGGCGGCGACCCGGACCCGGACCAAGUCACCAUUGUCGGCGAGAGCGAGGGCGCAACCGGAGUCGGUCUUCUGAUGACCGCAUACGGCGGUGCAUACCGCACAAUUGACCAACUGCCCACCCUCGCCUCCGACACGGACGUGGCCUUGUUCCUGGCCACCAAGUAUCCCGCCCUGUCCGCCACCCGCAUCGAGCAAGCCCUAGCCCUGUACCCCGUCUCCGACUUCGCUGGGCUUCCCGCUGAGAACAUCUCAGCGCAGUAUUUCCGCCCGAGCCGAAUGAAGCGCGACGCCGAAUUCUCCUGUCCCGCGCUCGCUCUACACCGCGCAGAUGACCGCGCGCGCUAUUCCGAUCCUGGUACGCGGAGGCCAAUGACCUCCUACCUCGGGGUCUCGCACUUCAGCGACAUUCCCUACCUCUUCGACCAGGCGCAGAGCAGUUCGCGAUACGCCCCGUACGCGACGGCAGCCGAUCGCAUUCUGUCCUCGGACAUAAGUGACAGCUGGGCGGCCUUUGCGGCAUUCGGGUCUCUCUCGCACGGCAAUGGCACGAUCGCUGGAUGGACGGGCUUCACGAACUCGUCUCCUUCUCGGUCUAUUCAUGACCACCAUUCUGCAAGUCCGCGUGGGAGUACCCAUUCGAAUUAUCGAGUCCGGAGGAAGGCUAAGGGGGGCUUUAUGAAAUUAACGACAACCGUCUUUGGCGGGUUAGCCGGCUUAUCCGAGCGCUUUUCGCAGGUUAAAAUAUCCUCCACUCAGUCACGUCACAUAGUGCCAGAACCACUGGACUGCACAGCGAUCUACCGCCAGCUACCGUGCGAGCACAGCUUUCAUCAGCCGUGCAUCGACGCCUGGCUCUGCAGCCACGACACCAGCUGUCCGCUCUGUCGGGCCAAGUUUUACCAUCUUCGCCGGCGGAUCCAGCCCGCCCACACGGCGGUCCAGCAGCAACCCCUCCCUCCGGUCGCGCGGCCAGGGUCCUUCCGCUCGUGGUGCAAAAGGGCCUUCAAACGAGCGGCUACGGCGGAGCAACCACCUGGCAUUGCUCCGCCGCUCAUGUAA